CAAAACCAGCGGUCACUAUGGACUAAAAAAAACAGAGAAAUAAAGUCCAUUUUAAUACACCUUGAACAGUGGUGAAAGAACGAUUUUAAUACAAACACCACUGUGUAGAACAAAUUGAAGCUUUUGAAUAUGCAAUGUUUGUUGCAUGUCACUGUACUCCUUCAGUGGGCCCUCUAUGCAGCUCCAGAGAAAUGCUCAGUUUCAGUUUCAAUUCCUGUCGUACAAUGAAAGGCCAAAACUCGAUUUGAAACGUUUUUGUGACACAUUGAUACUUCCCCCACUGCUCCUUCAGGGAUGAACAAGGAGAACGUCUCGGUGUUUCCUUCAAUGCUCCUGUGCCAGAUGUUCAACUAACCAUUUUAUAGAGUGCUGUUUCAGAUUUAUAAUGCAAAUUGAUCUGCGGGACUACCAGUGGGAGGUUAUACAGCCUGCUCUUUGGGGCAAGAAUAUCAUCAUAUGGCUCCCAACAGGUGGAGGCAAGACCCGUGCAGCCGUGUUUGUUACCAGAUACCACCUAGAAACAAAGGGAGGUAAAGGCAAAGUAGCUGUUCUUGUAAAUAAGGUGCCUCUGGUGAACCAACAUUAUGAAAACGAGUUUGAGCCUGCGCUGAAGCAUGCCUAUCGGGUGGCGCCCAUAAGUGGUGACAGUGAACUGAAAGAUCAUUUUGCACUCGCUGUGCAGAAUUAUGAUGUCAUUAUCUGCACAGCACAGAUUCUGCAAAAUGCACUGACCAGCACUGAAGAAGAAAAGCAUGUGGACCUAACAGAAUUCUCGCUGCUGAUAAUUGACGAGUGUCAUCACACCCAUAAAGAUGGAGUAUAUAAUAAAAUCAUGGGACACUACAUUGAGAAAAAGCAUCAGCAUACAAAGGGCUUACCUCAGAUCCUUGGAUUGACAGCAUCACCUGGAACAGAUGGAGCCAACACUUUGGAACGUGCAAAGAGACAUAUCUUACAGAUUUGUGCUAAUAUGGAUGCUGCUAUGAUAACAUCCUCCAAGGAGUGUAUAAAAGAGCUAGAAGAUAGCGUCCCUCAGCCUGUAAAAAUAUAUGACAUUGCAGAAGAAAGAAAAGAGGACCCCUUUGGGGACACAAUUAAAGUGAUGAUGAGAACUAUCCACUCCUAUUUGAAUGCACCUUCAAUUAUGGGUUUUUUCGGGUCACAGACUUAUGAGCAAUCAGUUGUGGAGUUGGAGAAAGAAGGAGCCAUUACAUUUGACAGAAAAAAGCGGAACUGUGCCCUUCACCUCCGGAAAUACAAUGAUUCUCUUCUGAUCAAUGACACAGUGCGCAUGAUUGAUGCCUUUCAGAACCUUGCAGAAUUCUACAGUACUGAGGAGAGCAGCAAAAAUAGUCUUGAUCACACGGAUGAGUUCCUCCUCAAAGUAUUUAAUGAUUAUAAAACCAAGCUGCACUUACUUGCCUUAAAUAAAGCGUAUGAAAAUCCGAAGCUGGACAAAUUGGAGCAAAUUCUCCUGAGGCGAUUCAAGGACUCAAACUCCCGAGGGAUUAUCUUCACAAAAACACGACAGAGCACUCACGCCAUGCUGGGCUGGAUCAAGAGUAGUGACAAGUUACAGGCUGCUGGGAUCAAGGCAGAAAGCCUAACUGGGGCUGGUGUUAAUAGCCAGACAAAGCACAUGACUCAGCAAGAACAGCAUGAGGUCAUUAGGAAAUUCCGAAAUGGCAUUAUCAACCUACUACUUGCCACCAGUGUUGCAGAAGAAGGCCUGGAUAUAAAGGAAUGCAACAUCGUCAUCCGCUAUGGUCUCAUCAACAAUGAAAUUGCUAUGAUGCAGGCCAGAGGACGAGCUAGAGCUGAGAACAGCAUUUAUUCAGUGGUUGCUAAAAAAGGCGGAAAAGAGAUAUCAAGGGAAUUUAUAAACGAGUGCCGCGAAGGCCUUAUGAAACGUGCAAUAGAGGCUGUGCAAGAAAUGCCAGAAAGGGAAUAUCUCAUCAAUAUUCGAGACCUCCAGCAGGAAAGCAUAGUCACCCGGAGAGUAAAAGAACAGAAGUAUAAUUCUGUAAGAAUGGAAAAUGAUCCGAAAGAUGUAAGAUUUUUUUGCCGGAACUGCAAUGAGGCUGUAUGCCAUGGCAGUGAUAUUCAAAUCAUUGAGGGCAUGCACCAUGUCAACGUGAAUCCAAACUUCAAAAUUUACUAUACAGUAGGUGGAAAAAUAAAGCUUCCAAGAAAAUUUGAGGACUGGGAACCAGGCGGAACAGUGAGCUGUCGCAAGUGUGGUCAGGCCUGGGGUAUGGAGAUGAUCUACAAAUCUGUAUCUGUGCCCAGUUUAAACAUCAAGAAUUUUGUGGUUGAGUUGCCAACUGAGAAAAGAACCUUCAAGCAGUGGAAAGGUGUCCCAUGCCAGAUGGAAGAGUUCAACUACCUAGAAUAUUGUGCAAACUGUCUUCCAGAUCUCUUUGCAGAUUCCUUCUAAAAUUGAAGUUUGCUAAACGUUCUGUGCCCUCGGAUGCAGUCGGGGUGUAAUUGGACGGAACAUACAUUCUUUAGUUUGAAAUAAUCAGAAACAUCUCAUGAAAAUAAUCAUGUUUAGUAAUCAUAUAAGUUCUAAAAUAUUUACUACCUUAAACUGGAUAAGGAGUAGAGUGAGAUGCAUAUUUUAAGAAUUAAAUUGCUGUCUCUGUUAUGUGGGGUUUAUGACAAUUGUUGAGUUCUUGAAAUAGACGCUAAAUAUUAACAGUUUCUUUCUUCCAUUAUUCAAAAUAAAAGCAUGAAUCAUUUUCAGGGUGAAAGCCCCUACCUCAUUGUCCUGAGGAAGUUGUAAUAAACUGCUUAUGAGUGGCUUUGUGGGCCAUUUUGAAGGACAGUUAAGUUACCACUCUGCUCAUGAUAAUUCCACUAUUGUCAAGCUAUCACAAUAAACUUUAGUAGAAUUUAAUAUAUACUGUAGGGUUAUGCACUUGAUUAAUCCUGAACUGUUUACACAACAUAGCAUGUUUGAGUACUCACCAUUCAGCUGCACAGUCUACCAGUCAAUCUGAGUGAAUUUCAAAUUGUUGUUUUGCAGAAUUAGAUUUCAAGUGCAGGGCUUGUUUGCUAUCUGUGUUACUGUGGUUAAUGUCAGGUGUCUUUUCACUUUUCAUAUGUGUGCUGAAUUUAUCUUCUUGUUACACUAAGUCGUGUAAUUUUAAAGUUUAUAAAAUGUAAUGGCCAAUGCUUAAAUCAAUGAAUGAAUGAU